GUGGACUAAAGAUGGGGGAGCAAGGUGGUUGGCUGGUGGCUAACAGAGGAGACUGGGCAGCCAUCUUGGAUUCCCAGACCCAGACGGGUUUAGCCAAGGGCCCAGGGGACAACAUCACCGAGCAGGCCAGGACCAGAGGCGACACAGUGGAGUCUGCAGUCAAUGAUGACCUUCUGAUAUCCGGUGUUACUGGUGGGAGAGACUGGACCUCUGAGGUGGCUGGUCACAAACCCUGGCCCCGGAUCAGAACCAUCGAUCAGGAGCCGUCGCUCUUCCUUCCUGAAUCAGAACCAGGACCAAACCGCGAGGGACAGACACUCCACCACCACACAGAACAUAACCUGUGGACAGGUGGACUGAACAACCUCAGUCCUGGUGGUCAUCAGAGAGACAGAGGCUCCAAUCAGGGAUCCAGUCUGCAGCCCAGACCCUUCUCUUCACAGUCUCAGUGCAGGGAUGAAGCAGGGCCUGGGGCUGAUAGAGAUAGACCCUCCUGUUCCUAUGAUACAAACACCACAGUAUCCAUGAUGCACACAGCAGGUCACCCUGGGCUUCAGCCUUCACAGAGAGUGGUGGGAGACCCCCCUGAUGGUCGUCUAUCAGGAAGUCUGUCUUCUCCUUCAGGAUCUCGUCUAAUGCCUGGUGACUGGGUUCAUAGAAGGCCUGGACCUGGGUCUAGCCUUCCUCAGUUACCUCAUGGUUACCCCACAAAUACAGACAGGGUCAGGAUGGGCGUUCACCACAAGCGCUACCUAGCCUCUAACACAGUACAGAAUCCCAACAACAACCAAACAAUGGCUAGAGGUCAAGGAGGGAGCUCAGGAGACUAA